GGGAACCGGCAGCGCUUUAUCCUCAGUUUGCUUCCGUCAGGCCUCGCAUCCACGCGGGAGGUGCGGGACGCCGGCGCCGCGGGGCGAGACGAGCUGGUGCCUUCAUCUUCCGUGCUCAUAGGGCGGCGGGGCCUUGCAGUGGCGCGGCGCGGGCGAGCGAGCAGAGAGGCCGCGGGGAGGCAGCGAGCCGGCGGGAGGCGCGACUGGCGGAGGGUGGCCAUGGUCCAGCCCUGAAGCAGCACAAAAAAGGCCAAGUUCAAAAGCUGCCAACCAUGAAUGGCUCCAAAGAUCCCCCUGAGUCCUAUGACUUCGACCUGAUCAUCAUUGGAGGAGGCUCCGGAGGACUGGCGGCGGCAAAGGAGGCAGCCAAAUUUGACAAGAAGGUGCUGGUCUUGGAUUUUGUCACGCCAACUCCUCUUGGAACUAGAUGGGGUCUCGGAGGAACCUGUGUGAACGUGGGCUGCAUACCUAAGAAACUGAUGCACCAGGCAGCUUUGUUGGGACAAGCUCUAAAAGACUCUCGCAACUAUGGCUGGAAAGUGGAGGACACAGUUAAACAUGACUGGGAGAAGAUGACAGAGUCUGUGCAGAAUCACAUCGGCUCGCUCAACUGGGGCUACCGAGUGGCUCUCCGGGAGAAAAAAGUCGUCUAUGAGAAUGCCUACGGAAAAUUCGUCGGUCCGCACAGGAUUAUGGCAACAAAUAACAAAGGUAAAGAAAAGAUCUAUUCAGCCGAGCGCUUCCUCAUUGCCACCGGUGAAAGGCCUCGCUACCUGGGCAUCCCUGGAGACAAAGAGUACUGCAUCAGCAGUGACGAUCUUUUCUCCUUGCCUUACUGCCCGGGGAAGACCCUAGUGGUUGGCGCAUCCUAUGUCGCCUUGGAAUGUGCAGGAUUUCUGGCUGGUAUCGGCCUCGACGUCACUGUAAUGGUGCGGUCCAUUCUUCUUAGAGGUUUUGACCAAGACAUGGCCAACAAAAUCGGUGAACACAUGGAAGAACAUGGUAUCAAGUUUGUAAGGCAGUUCGUCCCAAUUAAAAUCGAACAGAUUGAAGCAGGGACACCAGGCCGACUCAAGGUGACCGCUCAGUCCACCAACAGCGAGGAGACCAUGGAAGGCGAAUUUAACACAGUGUUGUUGGCGGUUGGAAGAGAUUCUUGUACAAGAACUAUUGGCUUAGAAACCGUGGGCGUGAAGAUAAACGAAAAGACCGGGAAGAUCCCCGUCACGGAUGAAGAGCAGACCAAUGUGCCUUACAUCUACGCCAUCGGCGACAUUCUGGAGGGGAAGCUGGAGCUGACGCCCGUAGCCAUCCAGGCGGGGCGAUUGCUGGCUCAGAGGCUGUACGGGGGUUCCACUGUCAAAUGUGACUAUGACAACGUCCCAACGACUGUAUUUACUCCAUUGGAGUAUGGCUGUUGUGGCCUCUCUGAAGAAAAAGCUGUGGAGAAAUUUGGGGAAGAAAAUAUUGAAGUUUACCACAGUUUCUUUUGGCCGUUGGAAUGGACAGUUCCAUCCCGGGAUAACAACAAAUGUUAUGCAAAAGUCAUCUGUAACCUCAAAGACAACGAACGCGUCGUGGGCUUCCAUGUCCUGGGUCCAAACGCUGGAGAGGUGACGCAGGGCUUUGCGGCCGCGCUCAAGUGUGGGCUGACCAAGCAGCAGCUGGACAGCACCAUCGGCAUCCACCCGGUCUGUGCUGAGAUAUUCACGACGCUGUCGGUGACUAAGCGCUCUGGGGGAGACAUCCUCCAGUCUGGCUGCUGAGGUUAAGCCCCAGUGUGGAUGCUGCCGCCCAGACUACAGACCGUCGCCUCGCUUCCUCGCCCACGCCCAGGUGAAGUUCAGGUCCUCGGCGCCAAUUCAAGGUGCUGUCCUGAAGCCACCAGGUCCCCUGGGAUCUGGUGGGUAGGAGGUGGCAGGUCUAAGGAGGCUGCAGCAUUGCACUGGGGUCACCAUCACGGACUCAGGCUCAGAUUCGUCAGAGCAUCACAGCGAUGCGUCCAUGAAGUCACCAGCCUCAAGCCCAAGUGGUGGGCAGUGACGGAAGAGCUGCCGGAUCUGUGAGCUCAACCCUUCCCCGUAGACUGUCUUAGUCUCGUUUUCAAGCUGUCUGAUGUCAAUUCUGUUUUUCUUUUUUCAUCCAUGGGGUUAAUGAUACUAGAGAUAGGGAAUGUUAGCAAUCAGUUUUUGUCUUGGCUGGAGCACCCGCAUCAGUCUUUACUGUGUGGAAGGGGGUGAGAUGGCUUACGAAGAGCCAAACCAGUUUAUCCUGAGAAAGACGAAUUACCCUGUGACUAAAAUACACUGUUGUUACUAACCUGUGUAGCAUUGUCUCCUUUAAUAAGCCUUAUGUCCCAAACGAGAAAAGCCAUGGUCCACUUCUGCAAGUUUCCCCGCAGUGUGCGUCACCGCCACAGCUUAGCCAGGGAGGUGGCGACUUGGCCAAUCUACGUCAUCUCCGUUGCACGGCUCUUAGAGCAUCGCAGCAGAGGCUGACCAGCAGUGAAUGUCUUUCCUAGUACAAUUAUUGUCUUCUGAUCUAAGUGUGCUGAGACGGUUCUCAGUGGGAAACGCUUAAUUUGCUUUAAACUUUGUGUUUUUUGUGAGGUGGAUUUCGUUUUAAGCUUGUGUCCCAUACAUUCACAGGCAAGUAGUUCUUUGUCCGCACAGCAUCUACAUCUUCUGAGGUAAUUACUUUCAUAAGGAAGCUGUUCAUAACUAAGUUAUUAUUAUUAUUGAACCCAGGUGGAUUUGAAGGAUUUUUUUCAUUGUGAAACCGAAUGGUUUUUCUUUUCUCUGUCCCAUGAGCCCUCAGGACCUCUGGCGGGGCAGCCGGUGCUCUCCCAGCAUUGCUGCUGCGACUUUACGGUGUAGUUGAGCUCCUAGGUUACGUGAUGGUGAGCACGCCGGCUGGGGGGCUAUGCAGACAGGCUUCCUGCCACUCACAGCCGUCAGGCCUCCCGCCCUGGCCCUGCUGCCCCCUUUCUUGUCCUCGCCUCUGCCCCUCUCCACCUGCAGUACUGAGUGGCGUCUCACAGUUCACUUUGGGGCCACCUCAGGGAACGGGUUUGCCUGGUGUCCGGCCAGCAGCACCUACCCUGCCCCAGAGGCUCCUUCACAUCUGCACCCCCACUCCCCAUGUGUUGAAAACAGUGGGGAGAGGAGAAAGGACCAGGGAACCAAGGGAAUUGACUGACUGUUCAGUUGUAUUUAUUUAUUUUUUAAGGUUUUUUUUUUUUCCUCCCAAGUCUGCCAGUCUCUGAGGUCAGAACAACAGACAGUGUAGGGUAACUGCCUAAUCAUGUGAUUCUUUUAGUGGAAUGAAAUGUUCUGCCCCCCACAAGAAGGAGUAUACUUUGUUGUUUAUAUUCUAUAAUCGCACAAUGUACUGUAAUGCAAAUUCCAAUUUCAUGUAUUUUUAUUACAAUUUUUCUGGAAAAAAAUGUGAACCAAUAAAAGGUAUUGAUGCGCA